CCGGUGUGUUCAUUUCUACUGUUUACCGAGUAAUUGGUUACCAGUAUGGUAUUUAUUGUAAAGUUGAUUGUCGUUGAGACAGUUCAUUCAAAACAAACAUGUUAUUACGGUAGUGAAAAAAAAAACUUCAAACAUAAAUGUGUGGUCAUUUAUCCAUUAGAAGUGUAGUAAAAGUGAGUAUGUGGACUUCAGUAAUCGACGUAUAAUAUUAUUUUGUAUUAUCAGUGUUUAUCGUUCUGGGUCAGUCGUCUAAUACGCGUUUAAUUUUUUCGGCUCAAAUGAAACUUGGGCUAUUUUAACUGGAAAAUUUAGUGUUGUGAUAAGUUAAAAUGGCUUCGAGUGUUGUUAUUGUUGAUGAUAAUUAUGCGGAUUAUACUCAUGACAAUGAUAAUGAGACAGAGGAGCAUCCGUUAAUCACGACGGACGAUGAUUUUGAUUUGAAGGCUGAAAAAAUAUUGCGAAAGGUUAAAUGGACGCAGAAAAAUAUUAAUCAUAAUAAUAUGCUUUAUCUUCAUCCGGAACUGAUGACGAAGACCAACAGGCGAAAUUGGCGACGACUACUGGCUGGUGCAUUAAUAGCGAUUGUCGUUCUUGUUCUGCUGAUCACGGCGAUAAUUCUCCUGACUGGAAGCCCCGAAUCCGGAAGCGCUCGAACGACUACCACUGCAUCUAGCAUCACUCUGGAAGAGUGGCUCGGGGGAUGGCUGUCCGCUAAAAGCUUUAAUGGGACCUGGCUCAGUGACGAUGAAAUUCUCUACCAAGACGAAAUGGGAAACUUAAUGAUUUACAACGUUAAUGCUGAUGAGUCCAAGCUCGUGCUGCCGAUUACCAACCCGUUUUUUCGUACUGAAUUUCAGGUUCUGGGCUCACCUUUGACGUUUGAUUUUGAAUUAUCACCGGACCGCAAUUAUUUACUAGUGAUGUCAAACCACCAAAAGUUCUUCCGAUACACUUUUCUAGCGCAGUAUCGCAUCGUCAAUUUGAAAACACUGGAGGACACUCUGCUCACCAAGGGAAACUCAACGAGUCUCCAACUAGCCACAUGGGCGCCCACCGGGAACGCACUUGUCUUUGUUCAUCUUAAUAAUAUUUACUACAGACCGCACGCCGAAAAACAAAAAGAUUAUCAGAUAACCUUUGAUGGCGUCUUUAGGAGUGUUUUUAAUGGGAUUCCUGAUUGGGUUUACGAAGAGGAAGUUUUUAAUUCCAACAAAGCGCUUUGGUUUUCACCCAGCGGCAACAAGAUGGUUUUCGCACACUUUGAUGACACACAAACGCCAAUUAUGAAUAUUACUUAUUAUGGCUACCCAGGAAGCUUAUCCUUCCAAUAUACAUCAACUAUUCCAAUUCAUUAUCCCAAGCCAGGCAUCACGAACCCUCAAAUGAAAUUGUUUUACGUGGAUUUGGGUAAAGUUGUCGAAACAAAUGGGGAAAUUAAGCUGACUGAAAUAGAGAGCCCACCACAGCUGGCCAACUCCAUGAAGAUACUGGCCGCGGUCGCCUUUCCAACAGAGACUCUCGUGUCAGCUACGUGGAUGAACAGAAUUCAAAACAGGGCGUAUUUCCAUCUCUACGACGUCGAGAACUUGCUGUACAAUACGGCCCACUCUGUCGAGGAGAAGCACGGCUGGGUAAGCCAAUUCGAUCCGCCGCUCUUCAGCCACUCAGCGAGCGAAUUCCUCUUGAUAGAGCCCCGCAAGCAGAAGGACAACGAGUUCUGGAUGCACUUGCUGAUGGUGACAAAUGCGACCACCAGCUCUGCCGUUCGCGAGCUAACUUUUGGGAGCUUCACCGUCACCAGAAUCGUCGGCUGGGAUCAAGAUAACUCUCUGGUAUAUUACAUGGCGACAGUGCCAAAUGACACAGCCCAGCGACACUUCUACCGACUAUCGACAUUAGAACAAGAGUUCAAGUCGGAGUGUCUAAGUUGUGACGUUAAAAGCCAAAUAGACGGGAGCCCGUGUCUUUACAACGACGCUAAGCUUUCACCGGACAAAACUCGGUACAUCCUGACAUGUGCUGGCCCUAGUGUUCCUGACAUUUCGAUUUACAACAGCGUAAACUCGACGAGACUAAUGACGUGGGAAGACAACAAAUUGUUGGGAAAUUCAGUAGCUGAGAAAUCUCUACCACUUGUUAAGCGUUUGACGGUGCCAACUCAAGACGGUUUCAAAGCACAAGUCCGACUGCUUAUUCCCCCGGGCGCUGAUUUGACCGGGGCUACCAAGUAUCCGUUGCUUAUCUUUGUAUACGGAGGACCAAACACCGUUCAAAUUUCCGAAAGAUUCAACCUAGACUGGGGAACAUAUUUAUCAACAAAUAAAAACAUAAUAUAUGGAGCAAUAGACGGCCGCGGGUCUGGAUUAAAAAGCACCCGGAAUUCAUUCUCGGUGUACAGAAAUUUAGGGACCGUUGAAGUUUACGACCAGAUAAAUGUCACGAGACACUUGCAAGAAAAUUUCCCAUUCAUCGAUAAAAGUAAAACCGGAAUAUGGGGCUGGAGCUACGGCGGUUAUGCAGCUGGAAUGAGUUUAGCGAUGGAUCAUGAUAGCGUAUUCAAAUGCGGUAUUUCCGUAGCGCCAGUGACCGAUUGGACUUUGUAUGAUUCAAUAUACACAGAGCGUUUUAUGGGUUUGCCGAUACCGUCAGACAAUUUUGAUGGGUACGAACAAGCACAGCUGUUAAAUAAAGCUGACAAAAUAAAAUCCAAUAGUUAUUAUCUUAUUCAUGGUACCCUAGAUGACAAUGUACACUAUCAGCAAUCUUUAUUGCUGGCCAAGGUUUUAGAGCAGAAGGACAUACUAUUUAGACAGCAGACGUACACCGACGAAGAUCAUGGAAUUGCAUCAACGAGAUUACACCUCUACCACUCGAUGGAGAAUUUCCUGGACGAUUGCUUCAGGUCAUGAUCUUCGGACUGACGGAUUAAUUUAAUAUGAAUGUAUUAAUACUAAAAAACAAUCUUUUAGAACGUUAUUACGACUUGUCUGUGUAAAUAAAUUACAACUGUACAUAGUCCGUGUACAAUAUUGUAAUAUGAGUGUUCAUGUAAAUAACAAUUGGAUAAUUAAUUAGCCGCUGAUCCAUAUGUAAUUAUAAUCAUUACUACCACUAAUAUAAUUGAAAAUAAAUCUAAAAUUAAUAUUAAAUUUUAACUACUAAUUAUAAUUAAUAUUUUAUAUUAGAUUUGCGGCUAUUAAUUAUUAUAAAGUGACUUGAUAUUUAAUGGACAUUUUUUGAAGAAAUUUAUUACAGAAUUAAAUUUGUUGUCGAUUCUAAAGAACUUAAACAAUGUUGAUCAUCAUAUUUUUGUUGAUUUAAUAUUAUGCACUAAAUUUCUUUUAUUAGUACUUAUAAAAUUUUACUGAUAAAAUUUUAAUUUUAAAAAUAAUUUUACUUCAAAAUUCAGUUAAAAUUUUUUUCGCAUUUAUUGAUUAUUUUUCUGUUUGUAAAUGCACUUAGUUGGAAAAAGUAACGCAAAAAGUCGCGUUGCAACGAAUCAAAGUACCUAUAGGCGAUAUCGAUAGUUAAACAAUGAAUUUUAUUACUUCUACUAAGACAAAAAAAAAAAUUAUAUAUAAAUAAGAAUGAACUAAU